CUCGUACGGCGCGUGUUCAAGGGUAUUCCGCAGCAAUUUCGAAUGCGUGUUUGGCCGCUACUUCUGCGUGUACCGGAGCUGAAGCGACAGAACAAACUUGUGUACGAUAAAAUGCUCUCCUGUGCCCUGGCCACUUCAGUAUAUCUGGAACAAAUAGACAAAGACAUCAACCGCACCUUUCGUAACACCACCUAUUUUCGCCCACGAUAUGGUUCUCGGCAACAAUCCUUGUUUCGCAUUCUGGCUGCCUACUCUGUUUGUGACGUCGAUGUUGGCUAUUGUCAGGGUAUGAGCGAAUUGGUUGGUCUAUUUCUCACCUACAUCGUGGAAGAAGAGGAUGUUUUUUGGGCUCUGUGUCAGCUGAUGGGAAGUCGGAAGCACGGAAUGCACGGGCUGUACUCACGUGACUUUCCCGGUUUGUAUCGGUUGUUCGAGCAACACGAGCAAGUCUUGGAACGACUACUACCCGCUAUUAGCAAGCAUUUUAAGACGCAAGACUUGCCUACUUCCACAUACGCUCUGAAGUGGUUUAUGCAGUGUUUCCUCAACCGGCUACCGGUUUCUCUUGUCCUUCGUCUGUGGGACAUAUAUUUGCUUGAAGGUGAAAAAAUUCUGAUUGGAAUGGCAUUCAACAUCCUGAAGAUGCACAAAAAACAGCUGUUGACAAUGGAUCAGUCGCAGAUCACGUGCUUUCUCCAAGACGAACUGGUGAAAGAUUUUCGUUACGAUGACGACACUGUGAUUGAAUCGUUGCAAGAGUGCUUGGAGCAGCUGCGAAGGAGCAAAGUGUAUCGCCCACCCACACCGACCUACAACAUGUUCCCCACUCGUUCGUUUGGAUCCCUUGGUGCCGACAUGGUUUGGCAAAGUCAUCCAAUCGCUGCAUCGAAACACUCUCUACCUGAGGUCACCGCUGCCAUCACUGUAAACUCGGUUCACUCGGAUGGCAGUUUGCGUCCUCUGCGCAAAAAGAAUUCCACCAGUGGGAAAUCCUUGUACAAUCCCCCCGUACGUGAACCUUUAAAAGUGAACUGUGAUCCUUCGUUCUUUCCGAGUUUGGUCACUCCUGCCUCAGUGCUUACUAUGUCGGCUAUCUCUAGUCACAGUAGAAACUCCCAACUCUCUGCUACUCCUGAACCAUCUCUCUUCCUGCACGAAAACCGUUCGAGGUUGCCGGACCGCGUGGAACCCAUCGCCUCACCAUCCACGGACAGCCACACAUCCGGUCCCCGCAUUAUCACUGUUCGGUCGCCAUCCUCCUCAGCACGCAGUAGCUCACAGUGGCCGCCCAACAACAUAAAGAUGUCACCAAGCUCACCCACUGGAACGUCCUCCCCUAUCCCAUCUUCGAGUCCACUGUUGUACGGAUAUGCGACUACUGACAGCAAGCGGUAUCGCGCUGUCAAAGCCGCCUAUUCUCACUCUAUUUCCCCCUCUCCGCACGAUUCCACAAAUGACCCUCGACCUCCUAGUCAUGGAAGCGGCGUUGUGCUCAUGUCCGUCCGGCCCCGUCAGUUUGAUCGUACCCAGGAUUAUUUUAUCAACCGACUGGCUGGUGACCUAUUGGAAAACGCACAGUUAUCAACUGUGCCCCGUCAGCGAGCCGCAGAAGGUGAUCGCAGCGAUACACUGUGUGAUAGCCACAGCAGGUUAGAUGACACGGAUGGUCGAUUGACUCCGUCCACCUUUUCCUCCACUUCGGGAGCUGAGGAUCACUCUCAGUUGUGGAAGUAUCGAGGGCAGCCAUAUGAGCCAUGCUCCACCGGACAGGUGAACCACUCGGGCGGGGCCAUCGAGGAACAAAAGAGACAUCCCACCUCUGAACGCGACAGGCUAUCACAACUUAUCGCGGAUGUCAACGCUGAUGUCUCUUCACCGAGAGAAAAGAGUGACACACUUGUUCCACCUUCAUCACUGCGCUACAUCUUGGUUGACAGCGAGUCUGGGAAUGAGUUACCUGCCACUCCCUCCUCCAAUCAGGUGGCGUCGAACGAGGUGUACACACGCUGUUGAUGGCAUUUGCGUCUGUUCAUCGCCCGGAUCUGCCUCGCCCAGUGUCAUAUUUUCUUUGUAAGCCUCAGGGAGUUACACAUGAAUUCCUGCGCUCCUCCUGAAGUCCCUCCUCACCGCCCUCGUUCCUUUUACACUCCGACUACCUCACCAUCGCUGCUCCCCAAAGACGGGAAGCCACCAACCGGGUUGUCCCCUUCUGCAAGACGUCGCCGGAUGUUCUCUGUCGGUCUGCCACCACCGUAUGCACCAAUGCGUCUCGCCCCUCACCAGUGUAGGCCUCUUCCUGGCCAACCGAAUUGACCUAACUCAACCAUCCGCUUGGAGUAUUUUUGGUACUUCGCUUACAAUUUUACUCCCGUUUCCACGUCUUCCGUCGAAACCGUUUGUACAUUAUCUCGGUUAUCCGUGUUGACCAGUGUACUCAUCACGAAACCCAUUCCUGUCCGUCUUUUCAUUCAGCAUUCGUCCAGUUCUGCCCUCCAACGCCAAUUUCGUUGUCUGUUUGUAGAAUUGCUCAUCGCUAGCUCUCAGGACCGCCAAGCAUUGACUGUCAUUCACUGCCGCUCUCCUGUCCACCUCUUUGGGUCUACAGUCGCGGAGGUCAUUUCCUUCUCUCUUACACACUGCUCCACUCCUCCACUGGCGGUUCACAACCGUUCGUCUUUCUGUGCUCAUUCUCUCGAUGGAGAACAUGUUUAUCACCCAUCGCUUUAUAAUAUGAGAAGAGCUUCCAUUGUGCUGUGUUAACUCUAUCCUCCUAUUUUCGCUAUAUCCCUGUAUUUUCUUCACGUGUACUCAUUUCAUUCACCAUCCUAUUGCACAUCACUAUGAUGAACUUCGGUGCGAGAGGAUGGAAAAUAUUCGCCUCCGCUCGAGACCCCUGUGUUUGCCAGCAGCUCUUGUUCCAUUCUUUGCGCUAAUCAUUUGUGGUCGCAUAACUGGCUGUGUCGGGUGUAUGGCCGAUAUUUUCGUGUCAUAGAUUACGGAUAUAUACUUUGCUAGUUAGCGUUAUCUACAAGAAUUUGACAUUAAUCCCACCAACACAGUCAUCUCAGCUGCUGCCACCGGCUUUCUGACCGCAUGAUCAUUCCUGAUAAAUUGGCUACUGUCUCAUUGUCUAAACAAAGGUAUCA